AUGUAUGUUAACCAAAAAGGAAAAUUGGUUGAAAAAAAUCGUGCCGAAGAUGUGAUUGAGCGCUGCUUUUAUGCAGUUUUGCAAAAGAACAAAGAAAACGAGGACAUGGAACCACACAUUCGUCAUUUUGUUGAGCAAGGACUGAGCCGAGACAAUCAAUUUGCCUGGCCAAACAACAAUUAUUUCGGCAACAUCAUGAAAUCGUUAUGCCAAAGUUAUACGCGCCAAUUGAAAACGAAUCAAACGACACAUGCAAAGAAGCGGCUGCGAAAUUAUUUGCAAAUGAGAGCUUGGCAGUUUAAUGCAGUGUCAACCGGUUUGAGGUUCGAUAAAAAGGAUGUUGACAAUGCAAUUGAUUGGGCGAUUCGACGCUAUGAUGCCAUUCGAGACACACAUCAGAAUGCACCUCUUAAACGAUACAAAAGAAAGUUGCUGCUUGACAUGGUUCGUGCAAUUGUGGAAGAGGUUGGUGGACUAGCGAAUUAUGACAACAUCAAGCAGUUCUCAAAAGGCAAAUACUGGUUCAAAGCAACUGCAAUGUGGCUUGUCAUGCAAAGCGAAAUCGAUGAGUUUCACAAUUGGGCGCAAGACAACAACGUCACAAUACCGAAGAUCAAAAAUCUGUCUGUUGUUCCAUUGCCAGAUUAUCAGCGAAAGGCAGUGUUCAUGUGCAAUGAUGUUUUCUACAGAAUGUUGGCAGAAGAGAAACUCCUUCCAAAAGUCGAAGGUAAACAAGUUACCGAAACAUUCAUUCGCGAAAACAAAGAACACUUCUGGAACCAAAUAUUCGAUUUUGACAAAAUCAAUCGAAUAUUGAAGAAAAACAAAGAGUUUCAUUAUACUAUUGUUAGCAACGGUGAAUCAGUAUCGGUAUUGUAUAAAUUGUCAAAACAACAUCUUCAACGGUUGCUGGAUGAUGACAUUGUGAGAAAGCGAUACUUGGAUGGAACGUUUGUUUAUGAACUGGGAAUCGAUCCGGGUAUGAAGACAUGGAAUGCGACUGUCCGAAGAACCAUCAGUACUCGCAAAGAAGUCAACUUGAAAACAUCUAGUAAAAAGUACCAUUGGCUCACGAAAUAUAAAAUGCGCGACAAAAAGGCCAAGCGCUGGACGAAGCAGUUCACUUUGGAUGAGCAAAAUGAUCGAAACAAUCGACAGCUGUACCAGCGAAUGCCAUCACCGCUUGGUACACUUUGGACUGAUUACAUUUGCCAUCGGAUAAAAAUGCUCAAGAAAGGAAUGGACGUGUACACUACACCAAAAUAUGCGCGCUUGAAGUUUGACAAGUAUGUUGAGUCCAAUAGUACUAUAGAUAAACUUUGCGGCACUUUGGUUAAUCAUCAAGCAGCUUUGAUUCAUUUGGGCAACGCCGACAUGUCACCAAAUUCGCCAAUACGCAUUAAGAAGCAUGUGCGCUGUCCCGGUACACGCAAACUUUUGAAAGGUUUUCGAAAACGUGGCAAUUGUGUCGUGCGCAAAGUCGAUGAGUAUUUUACAUCACAGACAUGCGCAAAAUAUGGCGGACGAUUCGAUCCAAACACCAAAAGCAACCGUUUCAAAGUUUGUGAAAAUUGUGCACCGGUGCCAAAUUCAAUCAUGGCUAACUUUUUACCAUCGAAAAUCGUGGCACAGCUCAGCAAACGGCGUUUAAAGUAUAACAAAGUUUAUAUUGAAGAGAGUUUGGCGGUAUUUCUGGCUCGAGGUGAAAUGACUGAGCAUGAUUUCGACAUUAUAGCUGAUCGUUUACUGUCUAAGGUGGCCGUGUAUCCAAAAAAAUGGCAAGUAAACGCAGUGAGUGGUGUAUUGGAAUAUGCUGACGUCAAAGUCGAUCAACAACCACAUGCAGUUGAUGAUGAAAAUGCAGCGGAAAUCGAUGGAGAUGUCGCUCAACAACCGUGUGCAGUCGAUGAUGAAUGUGUGACGGAAAUCGAUGACAAGCAACAACCAAUGAUUGUGCAUCAGACAACUUGGGAUCGUGAUAUCGUGGCCGCCAAAUGCAUUCUCAUCAAAGGACAUUGUAACCUGUUUGGAGUGGAUAUCCCGCUAACAUUGCAGAGACCACGUCGACAACAAGCAGUUCAAAAUAAUCAACAGCCUUAA